AUGUGGAUUAAACGACAUGCUGGCCCCAAAGGUUAUGAUCCAGCACUCAAUUGUCUUCUUAACCGCGAUACAAUCGAUGACAAACUUGAUGAAAUCAACGUUCCAGCAUUGGUUCUGCACGGAGCGGAUGAUCGUAUGUGCCCAGCACAAGAUGCAAAAGAAUGGAGUUCAAAACUACCUAAACUAUGGAAAUUUGAGAUUGUAGAAAGAGGUGUUCACCAGCUUUCACUAACAGAACCUGGUGAUGAAGUUGUUGCUCAGUUAAUUCCACAAUUCAUAAAAGAAACAUUGUAG